CACCACAAGCACCCACUUCUCUCUCCACUCCCAACUUCUUCUCCUCCCUCAUUGCCCUCCUCCUCUGCUUUCCACUUCCACUUCACACUUCCCCACUCGCAAACUCCCCGUCUCUCCGCCUCUUGCCUCCCUGACUGCCUCGAGACCCCCCCCCUCUCCGUGUUGGCUGGCUGGGUUGCUUGCUUGCUUCCACUUCCGAUCGACCCAUCGAGCACUGCGCUGCACCAGAGUCGAUCAAAUCAAACAACCAAUCAAUCGAUCCUGAUCGGGGGGGAGAAGGAGGAGAGAGAGAGAGAGAGAGAGAGAGAGAAAGAAGCGGCGAAGCAGGGACGAUGGUGCGAGGAGGGAGCAGCGGUGGAGGGCAGAGUUCGUUGGGGUACUUGUUCGGGAGCGACGCCCCUCCAGCGAAGCCCGCUGCCCGGGCUCCCGCAGCGGAGGCGCUGCAGGCCCCAGUGGAGCAGCGGGCGGCUGGGGUUGCGAGGAGCAGCGUGGCGGAGGAGAAGGCAGCACCUGCCGCGGUCCCGGCUGCGAAGGUGGAGGAGGUUGGAGGGUCGAACGGAACCAGGUUGGGGAGGAGCUCGAACAACUACCACCGCGCGGACGGGCAGAACAACGGGAACUUCAUCACGGAUCGGCCAUCGACGAAGGUGCACGCAGCUCCUGGUGGAGGAUCGUCUUUGGGAUACUUGUUCGGCGGGAGCUAAAGGGGAGGCGGGGGUGCGAAAUGGUGGGAGAGUGGGCGUGAGGGGGAAGGAGUGGAGAAGGGAAAGCCGCAUGGAGUGAUUUGUGAAGAAAUAGCAGGGUGUGGGUAGGGCGGAAUUGGUGGGAGAGGAGGCGGGUACGCGGGUCAGAGGUGGUGUGAAGUAGAGAGGAGUAGGAGCGCUCGUUUUGGGAAGAUGGCGAGGUGUGAUGUCAGAAUAAGGCAGGCGCUUGAGUUUGUUGGGCGGAGGCGAGGUUGACGCGAAGGGCUAGUGAUCCUGUUGGUGGUGGACCUCUGAGGUCAUUUCGUUUUGAUCGGUGUUGAAAUGGGGGUUGAGAAGGAGUUUAGGAUGGUUGAGAGGUAUUCAGUUGAGCAUGGAAGGUUAUGAAUAUGGUGCUACGGACACCUGUGCAGCUUGAUUAGCAGGAGUAUGAGGGAGGCAGGAAGGAGUAGGUGAUGGUGUGCGUUGUACAAGCCAAAGUAAAGAAACUUUUAUAGAU